GGACCAGAGCAGUGGCUGCUGAGCCGGCGCGGGCACAGCGGCUCCGCCUGCCUUCUCGCUCCUCCAGAAUUCCCUAUCCCCAGCUCUCCCCCUCCCCCUACUUCACCCAUCCCGGGAUUUCAGCCCCCACCCCAAGGCCUCCGUCCCCCUCCUAGAUCCCUUUCUCCCAGCACCCAUUCCAUUGAACUGUCCCUUCCCCUAGAACCUUCUUGCCAGGAGUCCCUUCCCUCAGACACCCACGGCCCCCUUCCUCCAGCACCCAUCGCUCCGGGUCACCCACUACCUCGAGACCACCUUCCUAGACUCACAUCUCGGGUAGUCUCUGCCCUGCACCCCUUCCUCGCGUUACCCUUCUUCCGGACAGUCCCCCUUCCUUCUGUAGCGCCUACUCUUGCCUCUCCCGGCCUGCUCCCCGCACCCAUCCUUCAGUGCUGCCUCCGACAGCGCCGCACUCUCGCUCCCCUACAUCUCAGGCCCCCGUUUCCACCGCCCCUGGCGCCAUGGCGUGCAGUCUCAAGGACGAGCUGCUCUGCUCCAUCUGUCUGAGUAUCUACCAGGACCCGGUGAGUCUGGGCUGCGAGCACUACUUCUGCCGCCGCUGCAUCACGGAGCACUGGGUGCGGCAGGAGGCGCAGGGGGCCCGUGACUGCCCGGAAUGCCGGCGCACGUUUGCCGAGCCCGCGCUCGCGCCCAGCCUCAAGCUGGCCAACAUCGUGGAGCGCUACAGCGCCUUCCCGCUGGACGCCAUCCUCAACGCGCGCCGCGCCGCGCGACCCUGCCAGGCGCACGACAAGGUCAAGCUCUUCUGCCUCACGGACCGCGCAUUGCUCUGCUUCUUCUGCGACGAGCCUGCGCUGCACGAGCAGCACCAGGUCACCGGCAUCGACGAUGCCUUUGAGGAGUUGCAGAGGGAGCUAAAGGAGCAGCUUCAGGCCCUUCAGGACAGCGAGCGGGAGCACACAGAGGCUCUGCAGCUGCUCAAGCGACAGCUGGCGGAGACCAAGUCUUCCACCAAAAGCCUACGGACCACCAUCGGCGAGGCCUUCGAGCGGCUGCACAGGCUGCUGCGUGAGCGGCAGAAGGCCAUGCUGGAGGAGCUGGAGGCGGACACUGCGCGCACACUGACCGACAUCGAGCAGAAAGUCCAGCGCUACAGCCAGCAGCUACGCAAGGUGCAGGAGGGGGCCCAGAUCCUUCAGGAGCGGCUGGCCGAAACUGACCGACACACCUUCCUGGCCGGGGUGGCCUCACUGUCCGAGCGGCUCAAAGGGAAAAUCCAUGAGACUAAUCUGACAUAUGAAGACUUCCCAACCUCCAAGUACACAGGCCCCCUGCAGUACACCAUCUGGAAGUCCCUGUUCCAGGACAUCCACCCAGUGCCGGCCGCCCUGACCCUGGAUCCAGGCACUGCCCACCAGCGUCUGAUCCUGUCAGAUGACUGCACCAUCGUGGCCUACGGCAACCUGCACCCACAGCCUCUGCAGGACUCACCAAAGCGCUUCGACGUGGAGGUGUCAGUGCUGGGCUCCGAGGCCUUCAGUGGUGGCGUUCACUACUGGGAAGUGGUGGUGGCAGAGAAGACCCAGUGGGUGAUCGGUCUGGCACACGAGGCCGCGAGCCGCAAGGGCAGCAUCCAGAUCCAGCCCAGUCGCGGCUUCUACUGCAUCGUAAUGCACGACGGCAACCAGUACAGCGCCUGCACCGAGCCCUGGACGCGGCUCAACGUCCGCGACAAGCUUGACAAGGUGGGUGUCUUCCUGGACUACGACCAAGGCCUGCUCAUUUUUUACAACGCCGACGACAUGUCCUGGCUCUACACCUUCCGCGAGAAGUUCCCUGGCAAGCUCUGCUCCUACUUCAGCCCGGGGCAGAGCCACGCCAAUGGCAAGAAUGUGCAGCCGUUGCGGAUCAACACCGUCCGCAUCUAGCGUGGCCGAGGGAGACUGCAGGCACCUGUACCCUGGCCAACAGCAAGAGCCAUGCCGGGGAGACGGGAGGCCUGGACUCUGGCCCAGCUUGGCCACCCUGAGAUCUCAGGCCAGUUGUUUACCCUUCAACCUCCUUUUCCUUGUCUGUAAAGUGGAGAUUGUGCUCCAUGAUUCCUAAACUCUUCUAGCAUUGAUGUUCUGUAGCUCUGACCUUGAUAGGGAUGCAGCUUUGGUCCAAGGAUGUGACAUGGCUUCUCCUCAGGGCAGCCCCUGCCCAACCCUCAUCCCCAUCCUCCCAGGGUCAGGGGACUGUCUCCCUAUGUAUCCCUCCUGCCCACAUGCCCUGACCUCAGGAUGUGUCGUAGUGUUGUUGCCAGCAAUCGGCAGGCCGAAAGACACACAAAACCCUCUUAUGCAACCAGGUCUAAGACUUGCCCAUGACCAAACUAGUGGUGGGCCAUUUUAUCUAUGACCCCAGUCCACAGUGGACACAGGCAAUAGCUGGUCCUAGGGUGGCCUGAAAACCACCCUCUCCUUCCACCUCUGGACCAAGAGCUUCAUGAUUCCUGUCUUUCCUACUUAUCUGCAGGUAGAAUUGAUGCUUUGGCCUGUGGAAGGACCCCAGUAGUUGAGCCCAAAUGUUAAAGUCACUGUGCCACAACCUUCCUGCCCACAAGUCUAAGGCAGGAUGAUGGCACACCCCAAGGCUGAUGCAGAGCCCGUUAGCCUAAAGACAGCCAUAGGACAAGCAUCACCAGAUGACAGAGGUCCGCUGAAGCUUGCAUAAGGGUCUAGCCACACCCUCCAUGACCAGGCUAGGGUGUGGGGGUGCUGUAGGGAGGCUGUUUUAGUCAGGACCUGAGUACUGGGAUGGGCUGUUGGCUGAGACCUCUCAUCAGUCCUGGCGUCUAUCUCUUUUAAGAUCCUGUUGUAGAAAACAAGAGCUGCUUUAGCUAGUUUAAUUAGACAGGAUUUAUGACCAGGUCCCUGAUGGCUUUGCAAAAUCAUUGGAAGGGCUGGAGGAGCAGACUCUUUGAUGAAUUUCCGGGAACAACUCCCAGCUGCCAGAUUCAUCUUGUCUCUCCUGACCAAGAAUGCUGCUCCCAUGUGCAGGAAGCUACUGCAUCAAGAAGCUGCUAACUGCAGAACUGUGCUCCCUCUGCUACUCUCCAUGCCAGAAAAUGGAUGUCCUGAGGUCUGCCCCUCUCCCAUUCAAUUUAGUUCCUAAAUUCGGAUCUCCAUGAGGGACUCUUUUUGGAGAAACACAAAUCAGAUCCAGAACCUUGGCUGCAAGGGAGUCUGGGAAAUGUAGGUUUUUUCUUCUCUCCAGCUUCAGCCAUACAAAAAGGCUCACUAGAAGGAAGUUAGAAUGGAUGGUGAACAAGCUCAUCCACGGUUUUUGCACUGGAGUCUACCUCCAGGCCUUGGCUUUGAAGCAGCAGAGGCUCCAGGUGUCCUGCUCUGUGGCUCAGUCCUUACCCAGGGACAGGAGCCUGAGGGAUGGGCCUGUAGGACUGAAUCGAAAUGUCUCUCCAGCGUUGGCUUUUCUUUCAAGUCCUGGAGCCUCACUUCUGAACUUGGAGUCUCUGACCACACCCAUCCCAAAAGAACCAGACUAGCUGAACUUGGAGGGCUCUCACCUCAACUACUGCCCACAGGAGCCUCCCUUAGGCAGGAGAAAUCCUCAGUCUCACCCCACCCCUUCAUCUACCAGAAUCUGGGCCACCCCCAGUGGUAUUUUUAUUUUAAAUGUUGCUCAUUUUGUGAGUUAUGAUCAAUUUGUAUUAAAGUUACAGGAUAUCA